UGACCCUUCUACUCUCUUUGGCCACUCAAAAAAAGAACCAUAAAGAUAGAAGAUUCUCACUUACUAUAGAUAGAUCGCAUCUCUUCAAGUAGUAGCGAAGGCAGAGCGUGUUGCGGGAAAUUAAAAAUAAAAUAAAAAAGAGGAGGAGAGAUUUAAAUUUAAGAUGGGUUACGGGCGUGUGGCUGAGUUUGCAUCAGAUUUGUGCUCGUUUCCUCGUUUUUACAGGAGACAGAAGAAGAUAAAAGAGCUGCAGACGGUGGAGAUCAAGGUUAGGAUCGAUUGCGAAGGAUGCGAGAGGAAAGUUAGGAAAGCAGUUGAAGGGAUGGAAGGUGUGAGCAGCAUAGAGGUGGAGCCAAAGCAGCACAAGCUAACCGUAAUCGGAUACGUGGACCCCAAAAAAGUGUUGAGGAGAGUUCGGAGGAAGACGGGGAAGCAUGCAGUACCGUGGCCGUACGUACCCUACGAUACCGUAUACCAUCCGUAUGUGACGGGCGCGUACGAUAAGAAGGCCCCGGCCGGGUACGUGCGAAACGUGGUGGAGGACCCUAACGUGGCCCCUCUCGCACGUGCUAGCUCUACCGAGGUCAGGUACGCGACGGCGUUCAGCGACGACAACCCCAACUCUUGCGUAGUUAUGUGAGUUUUUGAAGCGCGUACUUAUUUAUGUAAGUGGUUUGGUUGUUGGGUGUGAUGGUUUGGUUGUUGGGUGUUUUUGGCUCGUAGUUGAUUUUGAUGGAUUUUGGUAUAAAGACAUGUACAAGAAUUUUGUGUGCUUGCACUAAAAAGUGUUUUGUUUAAGUUAUAGCGUGUUAUAAUAUUGUUGCCGUAUUUUGAGAAA